CAGAGAGCAUGCUGCGUACAGCCAGUAGCCCCGACAGCCUACGCUCACGAACACCCAUGAUCACGCCAGACCUGGAAAGUGGAACAAAACUGUGGCACCUGGUGAAGAACCACGACCACCUGGACCAACGUGAAGGCGACCGUGGCAGCAAGAUGGUCUCUGAGAUCUACCUGACAAGGCUGCUGGCUACCAAGGGAACACUACAAAAGUUCGUGGAUGACCUGUUUGAGACCAUCUUCAGCACAGCGCACCGUGGCUCAGCCCUGCCUCUGGCCAUCAAGUACAUGUUUGACUUCUUAGAUGAGCAGGCCGACAAGCACCAGAUCCAUGACUCAGAUGUGCGCCAUACCUGGAAGAGCAAUUG